CUCUAUCAUUAGCUCGCUUGAUGAUUUGACCCUAUGCUUGUCAUACACGCAGUCUCGUGAGUCGUGCCAGACACAAAAGUGCAAAGACGUGCUUCGAGGCCGGUACAGGUGGGGUGGUUACUCCACAAACCCUUGUCCUCGAUCAUAUUCAAUACACUUUCCCAAUCUUGGUCCUCUCACGUCUCGUCUUGUGGUAUUAUACUCGGCUUGUCUCAUCGCACCCAACAUCCACCAUGACUUUGCAAACGACCGCCAACGACAGAAGCUACUUCAAUGGGAGCUUCACCGCGCCGGGUCUACCUGUCUUUAGACGGACCGUCACUGGUCAUCAUGAGGAUGGGCUCGGGCACUUUCUAGUUUCCGACUUGGGUGACCAUCGCGUCGUCAGAAAAUCCGCGGACUCCUCUUACGAGGCCGCACAGACAGUCAUGUAUGGGACCUUCGAGAUGCCUGUCAAUAUCAAUGGAGUCGACGACCUUGAUGCUAUACGCGAGGGGUAUAAAGCUGGCCACCACUUGUCCAACGGAACAUUCGCCACCAUGCUCGACUUCAGCCCCGGUGCCGAAACCCCAUUCCAUCGCGGCGAGUCGAUUGACUACAACGUCGUCAUCGAAGGCGAGUUCGAGCUAGUCCUCGAUUCGGGUGAAGUGACGCGGAUGAAGCGUGGCGACGUCAACGUGCAACGAGCCACAAUGCACAAAUGGGUCAACGUCUCGGGUGGCGGCAAGGAGCCCGGCCGUCUGUUUAAUGUUCUAGUGGACGUCAAACCGCUCGUCGUAAAUGGCAACGUGGUCCAAGGAGCCUCAGAGGGGUAUCCAGGCCGUUAUGGGGUCGGUGUCGAGCGAGUUACGGACAGCAACGCAGCAUCAAAGAUGUAGAUCGGUUCAAGAGCGGUUCAGCAACGGCUAGUGGCAACGCAAGACAAGCAAACCAAUGUUCUGAUCAUUGAAGUAUCGAUCAUUUUAUUGUGUCGGAUUCGUGCUAAGCUAGGAUCUCCAAGUGGUUCUCAACGUCUUACUCAAGGCAAACUUCC